AUGUCAGGCCGCGGCGGAGCGGGAAACAUCCUCGCCAUUCAGCAAGAGAACGCGCGCAUCUCCGCAGACCUCGAAGCAAACCAAUCCGCGGCCGACUCCUACAACGCGCCAGCUCCCAUGCGCUCCGAGCAGCAAUAUGCCCACAGCGGUCGUGGAGGCGCCGGGAACUACUACAGCCCAAAACAGCUGAGCGAGACAGGCCAGUACAGAGACACUAACAUUGGGGAGGUCGCAGACCUCUCGGGAAGGCGAGGAGCAACGGCAUCCGAAGCGACUUCUACGACGCGAACGUACGGUCGUGGUGGUGUUGGGAACUAUGCAUACGACGCGAGCGAGAACCAGGAGAAAGCCUUGCGGAACAAGAUGCAAGAGGAUGAGGAAAAGCAGCAGAAACUGAAGGCGGAUAUCGAGGCUGGCGUCAAGGAGACCUUGGCUAUGCCCGAGAAAGCAAAACUGCCAGGCGGACACCCGUAUUGA